AUGACUUCUUCAACGCUCAAGCAAAUCCGAUUAAUCUCUUCCUCCAUUUCCGCCAUCUCUCUCCUCACUAAUCUCAAAUCCUCUCUACACUCAUCUCACCCUGAUCUCACCAAUGGAUUAAUCAAAAAAAAAAAACACAAACUUGUUUCAAAGCUUAGACCUUUCCUAAUAAAGUUCAUCCCUUUACCACUCAAGAUCCCUCCUUUCUUCACUAUCUCCUCAAAUCCUCUAAUGGGUAACCCUAAAGUCCCUCUCUUUCCCGACGAGGUCAUCCUCCAGAUUCUCGCUAGGUUACCCGUUAAAUCCCUCUUCAAAUUCAAAUCCGUAUGCAAAGCUUGGUGCUUAUUACCAUCCGACAGCUAUUUCAUCACUUUAUUCAAUCAACUCUCUGUAAAAGACCAAACCCUUGUCGCGGAGGUCUCAGACACGUCAAGUUUAAUCUGUGUCGAUAACGUUAAAGGUGUGUCUGAAUUCUCUUUGGAGUUUCUUAGAGACAGGGUUAGGAUCAGAGCUUCUUGUAAUGGAUUAUUAUGUUGCGCUAGUGUGCCUGAGAAGGGUGUUUAUUACGUUUGUAACCCUUCGACUAGAGAGUUUAGGAUUUUGCCUAGGAGUAGAGAGAGGCCUGUGACAAGGUUUUAUCCGGACGGUGAGGCGACUCUUGUUGGGUUAGCGUGUGAUGCAAGUAAGAGAGGGUUUUAUGUGGUGAUGGCUGGUUACCAUAGGUCGUUUGGUCAUAGACCUGAUGGGAGUUUUAUUUGUUUGGUGUUUGAUUCGGAGAGUAAUAAGUGGAGGAAGUUUGUUUCGGCGUUGGAGGAUUGUUUUAGUUUUAGUCAUAUGAGUAAGAACCAAGUUGUGUUUGUUGAAAAGAAGCUUCAUUGGUUGAUGAGUGGUUUGUGUUAUGUCCUUGCGCUUGAUGUUGAGCAUGAUGUUUGGAGUAAGGUUUCUUUGCCUGAUGAGAUUAGAUGUGGUGGUGGUGGGGGGAAUAGGGUUUAUUUGUUGGAGUUGGAUGGGUUUUUGUCUGUGAUUCAGUUGUCAGAUGUGUGGAUGAAGAUUUGGAAGAUGAGAGAUUAUGAGAGUGAGAAUUGGUGUGUUGUGGAUAGUAUAAGUUUGAGGUGUAUUAAAGGAUUGGUACCUGGAAUUUUUCCGAUUUGUCAGAGUGGUGAGUAUGUGUUCUUGGCUACUCAUAAACAGGUUCUUGUGUAUCAGAGAAGGAGUAAGUUGUGGAAAGAGAUGUUUUCUGUAAAAGGAAGCUAUUCUCUGCCUUUGUGGUUCUCAGCUCACGCCUUUCGCAGCACCAUAGUACCUUGUGAUUAAGCUCUAUAGAUAAUAGAUGUAUGUUUGUGUUUGCAUUUUCUACGUUUUUCUUUUGUUUAUUUUCUUGGAUCUUGUAGGGUUUGUGAAAGUUGGUUCUAAAAUUUGAAAUCAUUUAGUAGAAACCAAUAUUCUAGAAAUUGGGUAUAGGCAUAGGCUGUAAAUCGGUUAUAAACAAUACAAAA